AAGCAUGUAUCCGAAGCGCAAUCACCAUCAAAUAUAUCCGGAAAGUAAUGAUUUGAAUCUCUCACAAAGCCAUGGUUUCAAUUACCAAGCUACUGAACUUUGCAUUGCCCCCAUUAUCACUAAUUUUGCUCAGCAUCUUGACACUACCUUUGCUGUUAUGGAAGCAGCUUAUGUAUGUAAAGAAGAUGGUAUACACCGAAAACGUGGCAAACAAAGUUGUAUUAAUCACUGGAGCAGCCUCAGGGAUUGGCCAGCAACUAGCAUAUGAAUAUGCAAGGCGAGGAGCAAAACUGUCCCUGGUUGACAUUAGAAAGGAGAAACUUGUAACAGUGGCUGACGAGGCACGAUCUUUGGGCUGUCCUGAUGUUACCAUCAUUGGUGCAGAUGUUUCCAAGGUUCAAGACUGUAAGCAAUUUGUUGAUGAAACACUGAACUACUUUGGACGACUGGACCAUCUGGUCAAUAAUGCUGGAAUAUUUAGUGGUAAGCUUGUAGUGAUCGAGGAUUUCCAUGAAGUUUCGGAAUACACUCCUGUUAUGAAUUUUCAGGAUACAAAUUUCUGGGGAGCAGUUUAUGGAACUUUAUAUGCAAUUCCAUAUCUGAAAAUGAGCAAAGGGAAGAUCAUAGUGAUUGCUUCAGGUUGCGGAUGGUUUCCGUUACCAAAACUAAGUAUCUAUAAUGCAAGCAAGGCAGCGGUAAUAAACUUCUUUGAGUGUCUGAGAAUGGAAGUUGGAUGGAGAAUUGGCAUAACAAUCGUCACGCCGGGUUUUAUCAAGACGGACCUUGCAUCGAGGGCAAUGGAACACGAGGCUAUCCUGAGAAAAAUUCCAAUGGGGUCAGCACGUAAAUGUGCUACAGCAAUAGUGGAAAGUGCAUGCAGGGGAGAUAAGUACGUGACAGAUCCAUCGUGGGUGAAAGUAUUGUUUCCAUGGAAGGUGCUUUUUCCUGAAGUGGUGGACUUUGCCAUCCGCUUCAUCCUUGAGCUUUCUCAAAACUCGUCUAUCAUGAAAGCCAAUCUGCACUUGUCCAGGAUUCCAGAGCUUAAGACAUGUAACAUGGAAUGAAUGAUUGAAUCAACAAACAACAAUGGUGGGAGUGGGCAUACGAGAUAAAGCAAAAUUAAUAGCUGCAUUUUAUAGUAUAUU